AUGGCCGCAAUUGCCGGGUGCGCGGUCCCUUGCGUCACCGGCCUGAACCUAACCCCCACCUCCCAGGCCUUUCCCAAAUCCUCCGUGCAGCAGCUGCGAAAUGUCACGGCGAACGCGUUACCAGCCGUUGCGAAGCUGACAGUCAACGAGGCACGAGCUCGCGUGCUCUUCUCGAGGCGUCUUUCCCGGUCCCUGCGUGUAUCCCCGUCUCUGUCAGGAGUGCCGACAGCAUCGCCACGUGGCAGCAGACGAGCUACCAGAGCGAUGUCAGGCACCUCGCCUGGCAACAACCAAUCGGAAGAUCGCGACGAAUCUUCUGCUUCCGACCUUAGCCGCGUCUGUGUGGUGGGCUGUGGAGGGCUGUGCAUCGACUAUCUCGCCACCGUCUCCGCAUUCCCCCACCCAGACGACAAGAUCCGAAGCACCUCUUUCGAGGUGCAAGGCGGAGGCAAUGUGGGCAACACACUCACGGCCAUCUCUCGCCUUGGGCUCUCCACACGCAUUUUCACCAAGCUGGCGGACGACCUGGUGGGCAAGGCAAUGAUUGCAGAAUUGCAGGCGGAUGGCGUGGACACGUCACACAUCAUUGUUGGCAAGGGGGGCAUGUCUCCAUCCACAUACAUCAUUGUGGACCAACAGACCAACACGCGCACGUGCAUCCACACGCCCGGCUCCCCGCCUCUGCUCCCCUCGGAGCUGUCAGCUGCUGCCUUAACGUCUCUGCUCUCAGGGGCCUCUCUCGCCUACUUUGAUGGCCGCCUCGCCGACACCACCAUCCGCAUAUGCCAGCAGGCGGUGGCCCUCGGUCUGCCGGUGCUGGUGGACGCUGAGAAGCCCCGAGAGGGGCUGGACGACCUGCUGGCCCAUGCCACAUAUGUCGUCGUUUCCGAGAAGUUUCCCCAGGCAUGGACCGGGGAGGAGACGCUGGGAGCAGCGCUGCUGGCCAUGGCAGUGCGCCUGCCAAGGGCACGCUUCAUUAUAGUCACACUGGGGGCAGACGGAUGUGCCAUGCUGGACCGACGGGUGGCUGCAGCCUCAGAGGCACCCAGUGAGGAUGUGGACAAGGCACUGCAGUGGGUGAUAAGAGCCGCACAGGAGAAGGGCAGGAAGCAAGGCAACCCUGCGGUCUUCUCCUCUCGGCCCCUGCGUCUCAAGUCAAUGGCACAAGGGACAGAAGUUGCCGCCCAGCUGGUGGCAGCGACAGCUGUGCCGCUGGAGGCAGGGCAGGUGGUCGAUACCACCGGCGCUGGCGAUGCCUUCAUUGGUGCUGUUCUUUACGCACCGGCGGCAUGGGGUGCGUCGAGGAUGCAGCUGGUGACGGUGCCAUCUGCCAGAGCCGUGUGCCUCGACGGCAGCCCUGCUGGUUACUAUUUCCGCAAGGGGACGGGCACUGGCACCAACAAGUGGCUAAUCUACUUCCACGGCGGCGGGUGGUGCACGACUGCAGCGGACUGCCAGCAGCGCGCCAAGACCUUCCGCGGCUCCUCUCGCUUCUGGCCGAAACCCACGGAUGGCAACUUCACGAGGCUGAUGAACGACUACCACACGCAGUUCACAGGCAUUCUGAGCGCAGACACCAUAACCAACCCCGUUUUUGGCAACUGGAACCUGGGGGUGCUUAUGUAUUGUGACGGAGGGGCGUAUAUGGGGUACAAGGGCCGCGUGGCAGUGGGCUCGUCUCGUGUGUUCUACUCGGGUCGGCGAGUCGUCAUGCUGCUGCUGGAAGAUAUGCUCAAGAUUCGUGGGUUGUCAACAGCAUCAGCAGUGCUUAUAACGGGUUGCUCAGCAGGUGGGCAGGGGGUGGCGGUGAGCUGUGACUGGAUGGCCUCUCGCCUCCCUUCUACCACCACUGUCAAGUGCGCCAUUGAUGCCGGAUACUUCUUAGACGAGCCAGACUUGGUGGGCCACUUUUCCUUCCGUGGCAUGAUGCAGCGCAUGAUGGUCAGCCAAUGGAGCGACGCGUCUUUCGACCCGCAAUGCGUGAAAGCCAACGCCCUCCAGCACACACAAACGCCUUUCCUCGUCCUCAACUCAGCGUUUGACCUUGCAGCGCUGGCCAUCGGGCUGACCAGAGGCAACGUUGAGGCCAUGACUGGCUCGUAUGAGAGCGUUGUUCCGUGCUACCACUCCGAACGCUUUCUCUCCUGCCCCAGGAGAAUCCGCAAGUAUGUAGGGCACCAUGCCAUAGUGCUCAGAAACUCACUGCAAGCAUUGGUGCAAAACCGGCAAGCAGCAGGGGUGCAGUCAACAGCAGUAGUUCCUAACAAAACAAGCCAUUGUACCAUGGCUUAUGACAACUGGUCUGUACCUGAUGCCAGUGGUGUCAGGCUCAGGGACGUGGUGGCUGCUUGGUUCUUUGGCAAGCAGCUGUGA